UGUCUCCGAACGUUUCCCAGCAGGUCGACGAAUCAUGAGACACCAUAUUCAUCAUCUCGCACACAAACCCUCUGCCAAUCUCAUUAUGACUCCUCCCUUCAUCCUCGUCUUCCUCUUGUUAACCCAAGUAAUCACAGCUACCGCUGCUGGCCAGAGAUACGCCAAUAUCACACGAGGCACCACCCUCACCGCUCAAGGCUCGCCCAGUUCAUGGCUCUCCCCCUCCGGCGACUUCGCCUUAGGCUUCUACCCCCUCGACAGCGACACCUCCCUCUUCCUCCUCGCCGUCUGGUAUGACUCGACCUCCCCUAAGGCCGUCGUCUGGUCCGCCAACCGCGACGCUCCCGUCGCUGCGGGUUCCACCCUGCAGCUCACUAGCGACGGCCGCCUCUCCCUCAAGGACCAGGACGGCAAGCAGGUUUGGAACGCCGGAGCCGCCAACGCCUCCUUCGCUGUCCUCCUCGACACAGGCAACCUCGUCCUCGCCGCUUCUUCCUCCAACUUCCUAUGGCAGAGCUUCGACUUCCCCACUGACACGCUCCUGCCGGGCCAAGUCCUGACCCAGGGCUCCAGCCUGCGUUCCCAACUCACCGAUUCGGACACCUCCGAUGGCCGCUUCCAGCUGGUGGCGCAGACGGACGGCAACCUCGUGCUCUAUCCGCUGGCCCUUCCCACCGGAAACCAGUACGUCGCCUACUGGUCCACCGGCACGACCGGCUCUGGCAAUCAGCUCGUCUAUAACGAGACUGGCAGUCUGUACUAUGCCGUCUCCAAUGGUACCAUCGUCGGCAUAAGCCCUACCUCUACCUAUUCCACGGGCAGUCUGUACGGGCAAUUUCCUCGAUGAUAAAUUUGUCGCUAGGAUUUCAGACUUUGGGCUGGCAAAGCUUCUAAAAUCCGACCAGACUCGCACCAUCACCGGCAUAAGGGGAACCAGAGGGUACGUUGCCCCAGAGUGGUUCAAGAGCAUGGCAAUCACAAAGAAGGUCGACGUGUACAGCUUUGGUGUGAUGAUGCUAGAGAUCAUAUGCUGCAGGAAGAACUUGGAAACAGAGAUUGGGGAAGUGGAAGAGGAGGAACCGGUGCUGGUGUACUGGGCUUAUGAUUGCUACAAAGACGGGAGGUUGGACCUCCUGUUGAAGAAUGAUGAAGAGGCGAUGAGUGAUUCAAGUAGGGUGGGGAGGUUUGUUACAGCAGCUAUUUGGUGUAUCCAGGAGGAUCCAUCGCUAAGGCCCUCGAUGCACAUGGUGACCCAGAUGCUAGAAGGAGCAGUUCCAGUUCCUAUGCCACCUGAUAUUUCAUCCUCCGCAAGCUCGUGGUAAUUUCAAUAGGUGGUCAUGUAGAAUCUGUGGUCGCUGUUAUACACUGUCGUUUCUAAGACCCUCUUGAGUUUGUACCAUGGCGUCCAUUUCUCUUCUGCAUUCUCGAAGACCUCAGAGCCAUGCUAAGAUCUUGCGAGUGCAAGAAUCAAUAAGAGUGCAAAUCGCUGCACCAAAUUCCAAUGCGAUGAGAAAAAUUUAUGUAUUUGUUACUAGUGCAACUGUCGUGUUCAUGUAGUACGGAUGCAGCUAAUGUUUUUUAUAAUGCAAUCUUAAUAUUAAUUUUGUGA